AUGGCACCGUUAGAAAGAGAUCCACCCAAAUUCUUAUUUGAUCAUAUAACAGACAUAAACGAAGACUUCUUGACGGACGACGAAGAAGAGUUAUUUCCAGAACGCCUUAUAUACAACGACAUAGACACAAGAGAUAGAGACACGGACGAAGAGAUUGACAUAAACACCGACGAGUUAAAUAACUAUAUACCUGAAAUAGUAUUGGAAGUCAUUAGACAAUGGAGUACAUACUUUAAUAGUGCUGUUCCGCCACUUGUCAACAACCAUGACAGAAAGACAGAGGACAGCGAUGACGAGUCAAUUGAGACAGACGAAACCGACGACAGAGAGACAGAAGACAACGAUGACGAGUCAAUUGAGACAGACGAAACCGACGAUAGAGAGACAGAGGACAACGAUGACACAGAGACAGAGGACAGCGAUGACAAAGAGACAGAGGACAUCGAUGACACAGAGACAGAGGACAACGAUGACACAGAGACAGAGGACAACGAUGACGAGUCAAUUGAGACAGACGAAACCGACGACAGAGAGACAGAAGACAACGAUGACAAGUCAAUUGAGACAGAUGAAACCGACGACAGAGAGACAGAGGACAACGAUGACGAGUCAAUUGAGACAGACGAAACCGACAAAAUCCACGACGACGACGAAUACUCCCGGAACUUCAUGCCCACAUACAGCUUCGAUGCAAGGCUUGCAUAUUUCAACGCCAUUCGCCCGCCUGUCAACGAACGCCGAUCAGUUGAGUCAGACUCGGACGACCCGCAGCCGUGCUCAUCAUCAGGUCUGAAGAGACCGCGUUCAGACUCUGAUGAUGAGCAACCCAGGUCAACAAAGCGGAGACGGCCAACGUCGUACCAGUCAGAAAGCGAAGAAAGCGAGUCGGACAACUUUCAAUAG